CUUCGCCAUCUCCAAAUGGGUUCUAGCUGCAUCUGUUGCAACAAACGAAAAACCUAGUGUGUAAUCGUUCUGGGUAUGGCAGCUUCGCGACCAGCUGUCACGCUUCGUUUAUCCCAUGGCGUAAGGGAUAAGGUGCUUCGUUCCGGUUACGAUACCGUGGCAGAACUGCGCUCGAUCCCGAUCCUCGAAUUGGCAGCUGAGCUAAAGCUUUCCUCGGAUCAAACGAAGGAGCUAUCACACGAAUUACAUCCAGAACCUGCUUCCUGGGUAACUGUAACGGCGGAUCAGGUUUUAGAGCAGGAGAAAAAUUGGACUGCAAUUACAACCUCCAGUAUAUCGCUUGACCGACUCUUUGGAAAUGGACGCGGCGUACCACCAGGCAAGAUAACAGAGAUAUGUGGUUUAUCGGGUACAGGCAAGACUCAACUGGGCUCUGCAUCAACGCACAGAUUCCGGUGUCUGUUGGAGGGGCAGGUGGUACAUCGAUUUUUGUAGAUUCGGAAGGAAGCUUUGUUGCCAGACGAGCGGCCCAAAUGGCCUCUGCUUGCCUCGAUCGACUACACGGACAUGGUGUG